CGCGGCGCCAGGCGGAGGCUGCGGCCGUGGUGGCGGCGGCGCGGCCCGGCCCGGCCCCGGGGCGCCCGGCCGCGGAGGUCCCGCAGGAGAUGGGAGGCGAGCGGAGCGAGGGCUGAGCUCCGCGGGGCACGCGCGAGCCGGGCCCCGGAGCCGAGGCUGCCCCCGGGCCCGGCGGCGCAGCCUGGAAUGCGGCCUGCGCCUCCCGGCGGAGCGAGGGACGAUGGGGACGCAGGGCAGCCCGGUGAAGAGCUACGACUACCUGCUCAAGUUCCUGCUGGUGGGGGACAGCGACGUGGGCAAGGGGGAGAUCCUGGAGAGCCUCCAGGACGGGGCGUCCGAGUCCCCCUACGCCUACAGCAACGGAAUUGACUACAAGACCACUACCAUCUUGUUGGACGGCAGAAGGGUCAAGCUGGAACUCUGGGACACAUCAGGGCAAGGAAGAUUUUGUACCAUUUUCAGAUCAUACUCUAGAGGAGCCCAGGGAAUUCUCUUGGUGUACGACAUCACAAACCGCUGGUCCUUCGAUGGGAUAGAUCGAUGGAUAAAGGAAAUAGAUGAGCAUGCCCCUGGUGUCCCCCGGAUCCUGGUGGGGAACAGGCUUCACCUCGCCUUCAAGCGGCAGGUGCCCACGGAGCAGGCCCGGGCCUACGCGGAGAAGAACUGCAUGACGUUUUUUGAGGUUAGCCCCCUGUGCAACUUCAACGUCAUAGAGUCCUUCACGGAGCUCUCCCGUAUCGUCCUCAUGCGGCACGGCAUGGAGAAGAUCUGGAGACCCAACAGAGUGUUCAGCCUACAGGACCUGUGCUGCCGAGCCAUAGUUUCCUGCACCCCGGUGCACCUCAUCGACAAGCUGCCGCUGCCCGUCACCAUCAAGAGUCACCUGAAAUCUUUCUCGAUGGCCAACGGGAUGAACGCGGUGAUGAUGCACGGCCGGUCGUACUCCUUGGCCAGCAGCGGCGGUGGGAGCAGCAGCAAAGGCAACAGCUUGAAGAGAUCCAAGUCGAUUCGGCCGCCCCAGAGCCCCCCACAGAACUGCUCGCGCAACAACUGCAAGAUCUCUUAGCAGGAUGGAGGCGCCGUGAGCUUCGAACGUGUCCGCACCCACCCACCGAUGUACAGAUGUUUGCACACUUCACCCUUUUCGACUGGAUCCUUUCGGAUGGGCCUCGGCUGCUUUUCUGACGGCGCAUGCAAGCGUUGGGAAUGUGCUCACGUUUGGCUUCGCAUGUGAAGCGUGGUGCCGGCCGGGGGGGAGAGGACUCUGCCAAGUGGCCCUCCAAGAAUGCUUUGGGCUUUGCCUCUCGGCCUGGGGUGGAAAAUUCAGCAGCUGCCGGGUUGGGGAGGGGGGAAGGGGAAAAAGCUCAUCCAGUUUCGAUGGAGAAAUGGAUUUAAUGGCAGAUUGAGAGGCUUAAGGGAGUAGGCAAGGAGAGUCUGUGCUGCAACUUUAACUCUUGGACUCCUGAACAGAUUGCUGGUGCAAUAGUGGUUGUUGGAUGUAGUAAAGAAAAUGGGGACAGGGGACUAGUGGCCGAUUUCACCAGGAUGUUAACCUGCUGUUGCCAAAAAGAAAAGAAAAAAGGCAGGAGUCGGCCAAUUGGAAAGCUGAAGGAAGCAGUCUGCUUGCCUUCUUCGUUUAUUUAUGUAAAUAUUAUACAUAUAUAUAUAUAUCACCUGUUUUUUAAGGUUUUUUUUAAGAAGCAGUCAGGGAAAAUUUUAUGCAGCCAUGUAAAUAAAAGCACGGGAUUAACUUUACCAGUGUCAGCAAAAGGGGAAAAAUGGAGGAUUUUAAGAUGAAAAUAUACAAAUGCUUUAAGAGACUUUCAAUCGCUGCCAGGAUUUAUGCUGGGUUUUUUAAAUACUACAUAUGCAGAAGGAAAGAACAAUUGGUGUGUUACAUACCCCAAGCUGCUUUACUCUGAUCGUUCCCUAAAACUUGAGUGCCGAAGGCAGGGUGGGAUUUAGAAUCGAUUCGGGGGCAGAGCAGAGGCCCGGGGCUGGAUUUUGUUUUCAGCGAGCAGGACAAAGGCAGCUCUGAGGUUUGAACCCACCCAGGCGACCGACUGACCAGCGCCUCAAUCAGGCGCGCGUUGGAAGAUGCGAAGAGAUCAGGGGCUGAGGAGCGGAGGGGGGAAGCACCGAGCCUAAAGCAGCGGGAAGGUGCCGACCUUGUCCUGUAUUGGGAGCAAUGCAGCAGAGUCCUGCCUCCGCGACGCGGUGCGCUGCGUGCACCUCCGGGAUCCUCGCAUUGCCACCCCGUGAGACUGGCCCUGAAUCCUGGCUUUUUUGCUCUGCUUUCCCAAAGAUGUCCUGCCUGAGCUCAUGCUGCUGUGGCUCCUCCUGGAUGAAAGCGGGAAGGGGCAGAAGCAGCUCUUCCCGCUGGAGCGUGAAGGAGCAGAAGUGGGGCUGUGGCUGGGUGUGGAAGCUGGACGCAGUUUGCGCAGCAGACAGCAGUCACCGGCCUCCACGUCCCGCCGUGGUGAGCGUGCUCGGCUCGUGGCUGCGGCAGGAGAUCAGGAAAGCCAACUGCUUUGCCCUGUGGGACUGCUCCUGGGUUUUAGAGGACGUGCAGGCUCAGUGGCAAGAGCUUGAGAUACGCGCGUGGUGCGGGAGAAGAUCUGUCAAACAAAGGCAUGUGCAUCCCUGGCUUAGUCCCUUGGCAGUGUAUUGAUUUGUAAUGGAAGUUCACCUGGAAACUUAAAAAUCAUGCCUAGACCUUACUGCAGAAGAUGAGCAGGGCCUGGCAGCGGUACUGAGCUGUGCUGAUGGAUUCCUACAGCCAUCCAGGACGUGUGGAUUGUGAGCACCGUGGCAGAAAGUGAACUGCUCUUCGUCUCUGCGGAGGAGAGCAGCGGUGCAGUGCUGCCAUCUUCCUCCUGUUGUCAGCAACUCCUCGAGGCCUGGGUGUGCUCCUCUCCUCCCAGAGCUCCCUGUCGCGUUGCACGGGCAGGAUGAAGCCGCAGCAGUUUCUGCAAGGCUGACGACCCCCUUGGUGCAAGCAGCAGGCGGGUGGGCAGCCCCUCUGCAGGGCGCUUCUGCGCUGGGCCAUGAAGGAGCCUUCCCCCUCCCCGCUCUGCGGAACAAAACCCAGCGCAGGGGUGGGUUUCUUGGCUUGUCCCUGGUGUGCUUUAUUGCCCAGCUCAAAUGAGCGGGGAGAGAAUUAAACCCCGGGCAGAGGGGGGAGAAGAAUCCUUUGUAGUGGUGAUUUGGCUCAGGAGCAAAGCUGCAGCCGAUUUCGGCACGGAGUCCGGGGGAUUUCUAGAACCUGUCUGGGAUGGCUGGCACCUGUUUCCCAUCACUUAACACACAGCAGAAGACAAUCGCUGGCUCAGCAGCCCGGCGGGCUGGGGAUAUACGGCCAACAGGUGAUGCACCCCAGUGCUGCAGAAGGCAGCUUCUCCUGGAAAACAUCUCCUGGGCAGCGCGGGGCCAGGCUGCAGGCGGCCUCUCGCCUCUGCAGCAGCCAGGCACCGGCACGUGAGGUGGAGAGGCACGAAGGUUUCCUUCACAAAGUCACAAAGCUGCUGCAUGUGUAGAAAAACUUUACGUACCUCUGCUUGGUUUUGCUUUGAUACGUGUGGCACCUCCUGCGCCUUUUGCCCAAAGCUGAUUUUUUUUCAUCCUGUAAAGUUCAAGAGAUCCUGUCUGGAGGGAGAACGAAAGAUUCACCCGGAAUGUUUGCUCAGCAAUUUAUUUUAUUUUAUUUUUUAAUUUAAAAGGAAAAGAGGUUCUUGCAUCUGAUGUCAACACUAGUCUUUAGCUGCUCUCCAACACUUGUACCAUUCCUGAGGGUUGUGUUUUGUUUUUUUCUUGGACUGUCCUUUUUAUUUUUUUAUUCCUUUGUACAGUCAAUGUUGUUCAACUGAUUAUACAUGGUUUUGUUUUAUAUAAAUUAAAGCCUUUUUUGUUUUGAACUGCCAACCAGGA